AUGAACAAUUUAUCUCUUUUAAAGCAGUCUAAUCCAUUACUGUUUACACCAGAAAGAUACGAUGAAUAUCCAUUAGACCCAAUUGAGUUGGCUCAGUUUUUAAAUAAAUCCUUAGAAAAAGAUUCAAAUAAUAAUAUAUUGUUACGUGAAAGACCAUUUACCUCUGUGGAUCAGUUAGAUUAUUUAUUUUAUUUGGAUUCUGAUACACAGGAAUUGGAUCUUGAUAAAAAAUUGGCUAUUGAAUAUGCUCUUUUUCAAUUACAACUAUUAAAACAAGCAGAAGCAAUAAACAGUGACAACAAUAGCAACAACAAGCGAAUAAAUAAGAACAGUAAUAACGAUUUUUAUAAUGCUGUUAAGGAUGAUGAUCAUGAUGGGUUAUCUGAUUUUGAAUCUUUACGAAAUUCUGAUUUUAAAAGUUUAAACGGUCUGAAAAAACUUUUAUUUACAUUAAAUAAAGUUAAUGGCUUAGAUUUAGAUUUAAAUAGAUUAAAUCAUCUUGAGUCCCAAAUCCACUACAAAAGCUCUAGUGCUAACAUUAAUGCCGUAAAUACAAUCACAGCUACCUCUUCUCGUACUGGUAUUACUAAUGAUUCUAGUAUAUCUAACGAAUCAUUACAUAAAACUAUAAAAAAUUUUGAUUUAAAUGACGAAAAUCCAAAAGAAAAUUUUAUAGACAAUGCAUGCACUAACUCAGCUGAUGAUAGCAUUCAAGAACUAACUUCAUAUUUAUUAUCAAAUACUAUUAAGAAAGGUAUCGAUUUAAGACCGAAAGGUGAAAUGAAUGAUUCGACACAAUUUUUGAAAAACUGUAUCGAUUCACUGAUCGAGGUAAUAAUAACAAACAGAACAAACAACUCUGUUUCUCAAAUUGAAGUAUCAAGUAGUAGUAAUCAUAAUAAUAAUAGUAAAGAUACAGACAAAGAUAAAGAUGAACCAAAUGCAUUCAUGGAUUCAAAGUGUAAAGAAUUAGAAACUAAACUAGCUGAAAUGACUACCGCAUUCAAUGAUCUUCAGUUGGCACAUAAUUUUUUGACUAAACAAUAUGAAAAUGAUCAUAAUGAUUCAAUGAAAAAUAUUGAAAAAUUGACAAGAACUAAUAAAGAAUUGCAAGAAAAAAUAUUAAAAUAUCACUCAAUUUUGUCUAAAAGGGAAGAUUAUAAUAAAAUACAUGAAACUGAUGAUAAUAAUCAGAGUGACACCAUUAAUAGAGAUAACGAAAGUUCGAUUUUUCAUAGUUCAAAUAAAAGCUUUACUUCACCUAUCUUUGGACACCGUGAAAUUUGGACACCACAAACCCCUUCAUCAAAUAAAAACAAUAUAUCUACUAUGAAUAAUACUAUGAAUUCACCAUCUUUAUCAAUGAUGAAAAAUGAAUUUAGAAGAUUACUGACAGAAACUCAACGUAAAUAUGAAAAAGAGAUUGAUCAAGAGAGACAGAUUAGGAAACAACUUCAAUAUGAAUUGAACCUUGUUAAAAAAUAA